AUGGCACCGACGGUCUGUCGCGAGCUCGUCGCGCUCCUCUUGAGCAACCUCGCAGCUCUGCUAUCGAUCGUCGCCAUCUCCAUGCCCACAUGGUCGACGUCUGCGCUGAGCCCGUCGACGCCCAUGGCGGCCUUCACGGCUGGCGUCUGGGGCCUCUGCUUCCACACCGCGACCGAGCCUGCGCUCAACAACUGCUUCGGCUACAACCGUGCGAUCGACUACAACAUCACGCUCUCCAAGGUCCAAGGCGUGUGCGAGAUGUAUAGCACCUCGACGCUGCUGUCGACGACGGCGGGCAUCCCCAACGAGGCGUUCGCGCACUUCAUGGACAACGUCUGCAGCAGCCAUGGUACGGCGGCGCUGGUGCUUGCCGGGUUUGGCGUCGCCUGCGGCCUUCUUGCCGCCCUCACCCUCGUGCUGCACGUGACGAUCUGCAAGCGGAAGCUUCCCGCGCUGCCACGUCUUGCGCUGUGGAGCUUGGCUUUUAGCUGCGUCUUUGGUAUUGCAGCAUUAGCUACUUGGGCUGCGAUCGCCGGUGGCCUCGCCUCCUCGGGUGUCUCGUUCGGCGCGUCGUUUCUUCUGCAAGUGUUUGCCGUCACGCUUAGCGCCGUGGCGUUGGGUGUGCUGGCGUGGCACGCGUCGCCGCCGCAAGACUUUUCGCAGCUGCUCAAGUGA